AUGCUGGCUGUGCUCGCCGACAUUCCUCCUAUAGGGGCAACGCAUUUUGACGAAGCAGACAAACUCUGCACUCAGCUAUAUAAGAACAGGAAGGACGCUGAGGAGGAGGAAAUCCUCACAUACCGAACGAUCAUCGCCAAUGGGAAAAUGAAUGUGGUUCUUGAGCUAAAACAAUGGAAGAUGGAGGAAGGUAUCCACAUGUCCAGCUCGGAGAAAGAUCAGGGCCAGGUUGGUUCUGAUGGGUGA